UUUAUUCAAGAUCACCCAGGGUGCCAAGUCACAUAAGGAGACCAUUGUGAAGACAAAUACACGGUGGAUUAGUUCUAUUUUCAAGAAGACUACUUUCUUCUUAUAAGAUUGAUCCUCUCAGAUAACAUGAAGGAAUAUGUGCUCCUACUGUUCUUGGCUUUGUGCUCUGCCAAACCCUUCUCUAGGCCUUCCUAUAUGACAUUAAAGAAUAUGAUGCUGGAAGACAUGGAAGAUUCAGAUGAUGAUGAUGACGAUGAUGAUGAUGAUAACACUCUUUUUCCAACGAGAACACCCGCGAACCCUUUUUUCCCCUUUGAUAUGCUUCCAACAUGUCCCUUUGGAUGUCAAUGCUACUCAAGAGUUGUGCACUGUUCUGAUCUAGGUUUGACCUCAGUUCCAAGCAACAUUCCACUUGAUACUCGAAUGGUAGACCUUCAAAACAAUAAAAUCAAGGAAAUAAAAGAAAAUGAUUUUAAAGGGCUCACUUCACUUUAUGGUCUGAUUCUAAACAACAACAAGUUAACAAAGAUUCACCCAAAAGCCUUUCUAACCACAAAGAAGCUGCGAAGGCUCUAUUUGUCCCAUAAUCAACUUAGUGAAAUACCACUUAAUCUUCCCAAGUCAUUAGCAGAACUUAGAAUUCAUGAUAAUAAAGUUAAGAAAAUACACAAGAACACAUUCAAAGGAAUGGAUGCUUUACAUGUUCUGGAAAUGAGUGCAAACCCUCUUGAUAAUAAUGGGAUAGAAACAGGGGCAUUCGAAGGAAUGACAGUAUUCCAUAUCAGGAUUGCUGAAGCAAAACUAACUUCAAUUCCUAAAGAAUUACCAUCAACUUUACUGGAGCUUCAUUUAGAUUAUAAUAAAAUUUCAAAUGUGGAGCAAGAGGAUUUUAAACGAUAUAAAGAUCUACAAAGGCUGGGCCUAGGAAAUAACAGAAUCACUGAUAUUGAAAAUGGAAGUCUCUCAAGUUUGCCGCGCAUAAGAGAAAUCCAUUUAGAAAACAAUAAACUUAAAAAAAUUCCUUCAGGAUUACAAGAAUUGAAAUACCUCCAGAUAAUCUUCCUCCAUUCUAAUUCGAUUACAAAAGUGGGAGUGAAUGACUUCUGUCCAGCAGUGCCCAAGAUGAAGAAGUCCUUAUACAGUGCAAUAAGCUUAUUCAACAAUCCAGUGAAGUACUGGGAAGUACAACCCGCAACAUUCCGCUGUAUUUUGAGUAGAAUGAGUGUUCAGCUUGGAAACUUCAGAAAGUAAACAUUGGUAAUUCAUAAUAUUCAUUUAAUAUGUAAUUAAAAAUAAUUACAUUGAGAAUAGGUAAACUCAAUUAACAGUGGUGGCACUCCAUACAUAUGCAAAAAUCUAUUCCCAAAUAUUAAAGUUAUGAAUUACAUACCUAAUAAGGCAAAUCAUCUGACUUAUUUUAUGACAAAACAAUUAUAUCAGAAUUUUGCAAAAUUAUUGGUACCUCAGGAUUAAGAGAAGGAUUACUGAAGUUUCCUUUUACAUACAAAUUAUAUUGCAUAAAUCUCAAGAUUAUUUCUUUCUCAGUAACAAAUAUUAAAGCCAGUAGGUUCUCAGCACUUUGUAAUCAAAUGUAUUUUGAAAAGAGCUGUACUGUAAAUGAAGUGCUUGACUUAGCAAAGCUUAUGUACUCUCAUUUGUUGGAAAAUCAUAUGAAGAGCACACGUGACUUUGGCUUGUUUUUGGUUUCUUUAGUAACUUGAGUGCUGUUGUCGCGUGUACACACAACAGAACGAAGUGCCGCUCAUCCCUGCACCAUCCUCACAGUCGCUGUUAUGCUUGAGCCUAUGGUUGC